GGCCGGGCGCGGGGAGGCGGGGCGUCUGGGCGGCCGGGGCGGGGCGCGCGGCGUCGUUCCGGGAGCCCGGCUCGCUGCGCGGUUCUCGGUGCUGCGCGCCGGCGACCACCAUGCUCAGCGUCGUGCACUUCCUCCGGAGCUUCUUCAAGACUCCAGAGCCAAGUGCACACCUGUCAAGUGAAGGUGAGACUGAAGACAAUCAGCGCUCAUCUUCUCCCACCAAACCAGAGGAACCGGGAUGGAGCCAGGCAACAGACUACGAUGAUUUUGAGACAGUGUCCCACCAGAGUGAAAGUCAAUCAGACACAAAAACGGACUCCUUUGAAAGUGCUUCUGACAUAGAGUCCCUGCCUGGUGACCUCCUCGGGGGAAUCUGCCUCCCUCCAGGUGGGACCUCCAAGGGCAGAGGAGCAUUCCGAGGAUGCCCUGACAUUCUAGCAACUGGAUGCCCUCAGAAGCAGCCUUCCACAGGUAUCCCUGGGCUUGACCCAAAGGAAGAACUAGAUCUGUGCCCUGACUUAAAGGAGGAGUUUUACGAAAGUGGGUUCGAAGUCUCUGCCGCAGUUGCUGGAGAAGUGAGGGUCUUGCACCUCUGGGAGGACGUGGCCAGCCCAGAGCAAGAGUCACUUUGGGCUAGGGCUGCUCGUCCUGCAAAGGGCUCCUUGCAGGGGGCCACCAGCAGCUACGGCCUCCUGCCAGCGAAGGUGGGGACCAUACAAGACCUCAGGAGGUCCCCUGUUUUUUCUCUUCAGAAAUCCAGAUCUGAGAGUUAUCUGGGCGUCCCGGUGGUCUGGCCCUUCCUUCUCCGGUGCUGUGAACAGGGCUGGAGCUGGCCGCAUAUCCACAACAGGGACAGGGGACCCCAGCUGCCUCUCAGAGGCCCACUGGACAGCACAGCUCCUCUGCAAGCCAGGACAGGGAAGGGGAGGCCUCCAGGUCCUGCAGUGAACACAGGCUUGCUCUGCUCCCAGCUGGGUUUUGAUGGCCCCUGCCAGCUUCCUUUAGGGACAUCUUGCCCCCUACAGGCCAAGCUUUGCCAUAGCACCCCAGAAAAUAUUGAUAACAAAGGCACAGCAUGCCCAAGGCUCCGCAGUUGGCACAGGAGGACAUUGCAGAGGGCCCAUUCCAUAGCAGAGUUUCCAUUAAGAUACCCUGAAGAUCCUCUGGGGCCAAACUUGGCAAAGGUUGGAACCCAUGCGAAGGAAGGGACAGAAGCAGAAGGAGCUCUCAGAACACACAACCCUCUUCACCCCAUUUCCACCCAACUUUCUGGUUUGCUCCCUACUUCCCAAAGGAAGACUCCUCCUUUGGAGGAUCAAUACAAACCCAGUGCUCUUAGCUGGAAAAGGGCCUCUGAGGAUACGCCCUCUGAACCUCUCUGGCUGGAAAACCAGUUAGGACUGGAUUCUGGGUCCUGCCCAGUCUCUUCAUGCCUCACUGAGGAGCUGGUGAGCCUCCACGCAGAGGAGGUACCGGUGCUGGCAGAGUGCAAGUCAGGACACAGCCCAGAAAGCAGACCAGAGGAACCCCAAGGCGCUGGCCUGGCACCAAAUGCUGACAAUGUGAGUGAUAAACAGAAGCAGCUUCAGGACAUUUCUGUUGAGGCAGGAAACCAAACCAGUAAUUACACAUCAAAGUAUGUCCUCAGUGAGAGAAGAAAGUCACCUGCUAGGGCCCAGUUCCCACAUCACCCCAGCAGUAGCAGGUUACCGGUGUGGAACAGAGACUGGAGGGUUUGCGCUGGAGUGAGCAAUGGGUCAGACACUCUAGAGACCACUCUGAAAUCAAAUGCAACACAGACUUCCAAGGCAGCAGAAGACGUGAUGGUUCCAGACCCCAACUUCAGGAAAAAUGCCUUUCAGGAUUUUUCAGGAAUCGCAGCAACCACCAUGUCUCACUGCAGCUGUGGGGAUGGGGAGUGUGACCAGGGGCUCGAGGGUGGUACCCUACCCUUUGCAGAGGGCCUCCAGUUAGAGCCCAAAGCAUCUUCCGAGGGUGCGCUCAUUAUAGCGGUUGAGCAGAAAGGGCUGCAGGCCACCAGGAGGAAAGUGAGUCCUCUUCCAGAAACCCAGUUCUGUGAGUUUCUGGAGGAAACACCAGGGUCUCCCCGAAGUGCUGGAGCCACCCCCCCGUUUCCAGGGGCUGGGAAACCGAAAACUAGUGGCAAUGAGUGUGAGCUGCUGGCAGGCCGCAGACCACAGGGUGACCCCGGGGAUCUUCAGCUUGUGGCCCAAGCCGUAGAAUCUGGGAUAGUACUGAUCCCCCAAGCUGCUUCAGAAAACAGGCCCCCGGGCAGGAAAGAGCCCAGUUCCCAGGAGCACGCUGGGGGCGUGCUGAGCACAGAGGCGCCUACAGAAGAGAACCCCCCUGGGGAGGGCCAGAGCGCCAGAAUCCGAGAGCCCAGGGAGGAAGCUGCUACAGCGCCUGAGGCUAGGGGCCUUCACUUGGCAAGGAGCCAAGGGACACCAAGCCCUGAGGUCAGGCGAGGGGUGCGAGCAGAAGAAGGCAGCGCCGAGAAGUGGCCAGGCUCCCAAGCCCCCGCCCACACCCGAGCGCUCCGGCUCUCUGGACAGUCCCGCCGGUUCGGCCAGGCUUCACGGGAGCCCAGUAAGCGCCUGGCGUUUCCCAAGGUGACUCCCUUACGGAAAAGCAAGCCCUGCGGCUCCAAGAGCCCUGAAGGGGUCCACCCCAGGGGUUCUCCCGGCCUCGAGGAGUUGUGCGCUGAUGGUCGUCCUCCCAAAGCCAGCGUGCAGAGCGCAUUAGGCCAGGAAGAGACGUCACGCCGAGCGCACGUUAGCGCCUCUCGCGAGACCCGCGAGGGCCUAGGCCGAGGGGCCGCAGGGCAAAUGGAAGAGGGCAGUGAGGAGAUGCGUGGGGACCUCGGUGGGGGAAGACAGUCUUCAGAAAGCUGCGGCGCCAAGAGACUCAGAACCCCAGAGAAAAGGCUCCGGGCAAGGUUGGCCUCAGCUCAUAAGACCUUUACUAAUUUUUUUGAGUCGAGAGUUUUAGAAAAAGGGAACACUAGUGAAUGUUCUCCAGCUUCCUUCAAGGACCAGAAGGAAAAGAGCAGGCUGCGCCAGAGUUCCUGGCGCCCGUUUCUGAAAAGCAGGGAUACGGAAGGCCCCAAAAGAUCUUCCUUAGUGAGUCUGGUUCCAGGGCCAGAACUCUUGAAUCCCCCCAGACAUUCCACACCAGGGACCAAUGGUCAGCUUGAGGAGCAGAUGGAGGACAAAGAGAGCUACGUUUUUAGAGAUCACUGGACACCCCCACAUCCCCCCACGCCUUUGUCAUCCAGCAAUUUGGCCUCUCCAGAUAGCAGGAGGAAAAGUGAACCAACCAUCAAAUGUACGAGCCCCCAGGAAAGUGAUAAAUACCUGCCUUCAGGUGUCUUUCCAGAAAAGUCUUGGCGUUUGUCACCCACCAGCUCUGGGAAGCAUCAGGUUGGGAUCAGCCACACGCUUCCCUUAAGCUCUGCUUAUUGCCUGGUCUAUGGAAGCCAAGGAGUGCCCUGUAAGCCCCUGAGCCCCAAACCCCAGAGUCCCCGGCCUGGUGCCCAGCAGGCGGAUUUCCACUACCCUGGAAGGGGCAGGGCCAUCUCAGUGGUUUCUCUCGGAAGCUACAGCCAUAUGGAUAGCAGCUCUGAGGCCCCUGGAAGCCCCAAGACCUCCAAGGCCCGGACAAGCCUCCUGCUUUCUCUGCAGGCGCUAGACCAGGAUGAGCAGAAGGAAGAGAGGGGGAAAAGAGGCCAGCAUCCCUGUGGCCUGAGCACAGCACCCUCACCCUCGCUCAGGGACCUGCUUGGGAAUGAGAACCACGUGCUAUGGGAAGAACAACCAGGCAAGAAGCCCAGUUGCUCCCAAGGACAGAAUACUUUUCAUGCUGAGCCAGCUCAGGGGCCCUUCUCUACCACUGAGAGACGGACAUGGACCCUCCCUUUCGCCUCUGCAGUGGACGGGCCCAGGGAGACACCUCCACAACCUGGGAGCAUCCAUCAGCGCUCACACAUCAGCUUAGAUGACCUGUGGCUGGAGAAGACACAGAGAAGGAAGUUGAAGAAGCAGUUUGAGAGGAAGAUGCAUGCACAUAAAGACGGAGUCCCGUGUUGGAGGAAGAUGACCAUGACCUCUUCAGAGUCUUUGAAUAUCCCUAGAAGAAGCCAUCCAUUCUCCCUGAGUGCCCCGACAGGACUGAACCACAUAGGCUGGCCAGAGCACACAUCUGAUAUUGCCCUCCCUGAUGGAGCUUUGGACGUGGCCCUGCGUGCAGACGAGGCGGGCAGUGAGGAGGACCUGUACGAGGACGUGCACAGCUCGGGCCAUCACUACAGCCACCCUGGAGGGGGCGGUGAGCAGCUGGCCAUCAAUGAGCUCAUCAGCGAUGGCAGUGUGGUCUGUGCUGAAGCACUCUGGGACCAUGUCACCAUGGAUGACCAGGAACUGGGCUUCAAAGCUGGGGAUGUCAUCGAAGUAAUGGAUGCCACCAACAGAGAGUGGUGGUGGGGCCGCGUCGCAGAUGGCGAGGGCUGGUUUCCAGCAAGCUUCGUGCGGCUGCGGGUGAAUCAGGACGAGCCAGCAGACGACGAGACACUGGGGACCGGGCACGGUGGGGCUGGAGAUGGUGGAGCCGAGGCUCAGAGCAGCAAGGACCAGAUGCGGACCAACGUCAUCAACGAGAUCCUCAGCACAGAGCGGGACUACAUCAAGCACCUGCGUGACAUCUGCGAGGGCUACAUCAGGCAGUGUCGCAAGCGCGCGGACAUGUUCAGCGAGGAACAGCUGCACACCAUCUUUGGGAACAUCGAGGACAUCUACCGGUGCCAGAAGGCCUUCGUUAAGGCUCUGGAGCAGAAGUUCAACCGGGAACGGCCUCACCUGAGUGAGCUGGGCGCCUGCUUCCUGGAGCACCAAGCGGACUUCCAGAUCUACUCAGAGUACUGCAACAACCACCCCAACGCCUGCGUGGAGCUCUCCCGCCUCGCCAAGCUUAGCAAGUAUGUGUACUUCUUUGAGGCCUGCCGGCUGCUACAGAAGAUGAUUGACAUCUCCCUGGAUGGCUUCCUGCUGACCCCUGUGCAGAAGAUCUGCAAGUACCCGCUGCAGCUGGCUGAGCUGCUCAAGUACACACACCCCCAGCACAGGGAUUUCAAGGACGUGGAAGCUGCCUUACAUGCCAUGAAGAAUGUGGCCCAACUCAUCAAUGAACGGAAGCGGAGGCUCGAAAACAUCGACAAGAUCGCUCAGUGGCAGAGUUCCAUAGAGGACUGGGAGGGGGAAGAUCUCCUGGUCAGGAGCUCGGAACUCAUCCACUCGGGGGAGCUGACUCGUGUCACACAGCCACAAGCCAAGAGCCAGCAGAGGAUGUUUUUUCUCUUUGACCACCAGCUCAUCUACUGUAAGAAGGACCUUCUCCGCCGGGACGUGCUCUACUACAAGGGCCGAGUGGACAUGGAUGGCCUGGAGGUGGUAGACCUGGAGGAUGGGAAGGACAGAGAGCUCCACGUGAGCAUCAGGAAUGCCUUCCGGCUGCGCUGCAGCCCCACUGGGGAGAGCCACCUGCUGUGCGCCAAGAAGCCAGAGCAGAAGCAGCGCUGGCUCAAGGCCUUCGCCAGGGAGCGGGAGCAGGUGCGGCUGGACCAGGAGACAGGCUUCUCCAUCACCCAGCUGCAGAGGAAGCAGGCCAUGCUGAAUGCCAGCAAGCAGCAGGCCAUCGGGAAGCCCAAAGCCCUCGGCCGGCCCUACUACCUUACGCGCCAGAAGCACCCGGCCUUGCCCACCAGCCUGCCCCAGCAGCAGGUCUUGGUGCUGGCCGAGCCCGCGGAAGCCGUCCACCUUCUGGCACAGCAUCAGCCGGCUGGCGCCCUUCCGCAAGUGAGCCCACGCACCCGGCCCCAUGGCACCAUCUGGAUCUGCGCUGCUGGCAGCGUCCAGCUUCUCCUUGAGGCUCACCACACCCGGGCCUCCUCUGCCUGUUGUGCAAACUGGAAGUUAGUGGGGCUGAGCAUGGGAGGUGCUCAGUGCCCCCGUUCUCGGUUUCUUCCCUGCCACUGGGGCGCUGAAGACACCUGCCGGCUGGAGAGGCAGGCCCCCAGCACGUGAACCUCCCACCACUCUCCAGGCCUGUGCAGGGGGGACCCCUGGGAGCCACAGCUCAGGACCCCCCACCAGGCCAGUGCGUGAGAAUGGCUGCUUUGGACCCUCUUUGAACAUUUAAUCAUCCCUCCUGCUCCCAUUUCCUCUGGGCAGGAGACUGUCUCUGCCUUCAGCCACCUGCAGAGCCAGGCGGUGUGCUCCUCUGCCCUCCAGUUCUCCUUGCAGGCCCCCAGCUGGUGGGCCAGGUAGCCCGCAUCCCUGGGGGCUAGGAACCAGGAGUUCUGUGCACAAAAACCUCUGGCCUAGAGCCUGCCCGUUUUUGCCUCCCAGUCCCUCUCUCGACACUUCUGGCUGCUGGACACCCUCUCUUCACCUGUGAUUGUGUUUGUUUAUAGUGGAAAGAAAACAAAACCAUUGUCAGCUGAAUACUUCUGUCAGAGCUUGUGACCAGUCCACCUGUAGCUGUGGGAUGAUUCCAGAACCUGGUUCCAGUUUUUUUGUUUGAUUUUGUUUUUCUAACAAUGGAGAAAAAGAAUUGUUAGUGACACAGACAGAUUGCCUUACCCUAAGUGAGCGUGAGAAGCCAUAAGGACUGAAUUCUGCAGCCCAGCUUCAGGACAGACCCACUCAGAGGCUGGUGGGCACAUGGGUUGGAAAGAAGCCCACAUCCCGGGGUGGGAGGAGGGCAGCCCAUGAGUGCGGCUGGGGCCUGGCUCGGGGCGCAGAGCUGCCCUGUGGCCUACAGGAAUUCAGCAGCAUGUACAGUCACUUGCACUAUACCGUCUCCAAGCCAGAAACCAUUUAAUUUCAUAAAGAAACUUGUGAAAAAUAA